GGGCUUCGCUCAUUUCACAACCCAAAGGCCCAUCAAAUUUCAGCCUUGUCGUAUUCGUAUCCCUAAAUCUAUUCUUCUCCGACGAAACAAUCACGAACUCCGGCGACAAUAAACGUUUCUUCGAAUCCGAUGAAAAGAGCAAAAAUCAUGGAACAACUACCAAAUGAUCUCAUUCUCGAGAUAUUCUCAAGAUUGCCGGCGAAGUCAGUCGCUAGAUUCCGUACCUUGUCGAAGCAAUGGGCGGCUCUGCUUCGCAGUCCAGAUUUCGCCAAGUUGUUCCUGACGAGUUCCUCGAGCCGUCCACGUCUCUUACUUGGUGCCGAACGAAACGGUGAGUGGCUCUUCUUCUCGUCGCUUCAGCCACAUAACCGUUACGAGAAGUCGUCUCAUUUAGAUUACCAUACAAAGUUCUCCGGAGACGUGAGCCGAAACAAUUGUAGCUAUGCCUCAGGUUUAAUCUACUUUCCUAAUAUGUGGUUCUCGAAAGAUGCAUCGCCUGUGAUUUGUAACCCUGUCACCGGAAUGUAUGAGAGCUUACCUGAUCUGAUGAGGUACAGAAAGGCUCGAGGCUUCUUAGUGAUUGAUCCCAUUGACAACAAGCAAAAGCAAUUCAAGGUAUUGUCUGAGGCUUAUCCAUUUUCUGAUCAAAGGGAACACCAUAAGAUUCUGACAUUUGGAACUGGUGAAUUGAGCUGGAGGAGUGAUAUCAUUAGUUGUCCUGCAUAUGAUCGGUCUUUGAGUGAAGGGAUACGUAUCAAUGGAUUUUUGUAUUACUUAGCUCAGAAAGUUAGUGAAGAAUCGUCGUGUGUGAUUGUUUGCUUUGAUGUUAGGUCUGAGGAAUUCAAGUUUAUUGACGCAGACUGCUUUAAUGAUCGACUUGAUGAUACUACUGAGUUGGUUUUGGUCAAUUACAAGGGUAAGUUAGGUGGGAUUAAUUGGAAGUGUGGUCAAGCUGGUGAAAGGCGUACCAUUGAGCUGUGUAUGUGGGUUCUAGAAGAUGUUGAGAAACAUGAAUGGGUUGACUAUGUCUACACUUUGCCGGAGAAUGAAGUUCUUGAUUCCUGCGAUUUUUCCAUUGCUGGAGUGACUGUUAGAGAUGAAGUUGUUUUGUGCAUGAAAUAUACAUGUAAACCGUUCUAUGUGUUUUACUUCAAUCCCGAGAGGAACACUCUCCAAAGUGUUGAAAUCCAAGGUUUUGGAGCUAACCUUGAAGCGUUUGAGAAUCGUGGUAGAGUCUAUGCAUUUGUUAACCAUGCAGAGGAUCUUGGCGUCAAUGAUGCAGAGCAACUCAAGUCAAGCAUCUCUAAAGUGAAGCACCUCUGCGGCUGCUGUAAUAGAGUAGCUCAGCCUAAUUAUCAUUACUAAAAGGGCCUAAAAACCAUAUGGAGAGAAGAAAUGAAAGACACAGUAGGGAGGGGAUGAAGACAAAAGAAGACGAUCUUUGUAGUGAUAAAUAUAAGAGAAGAGAGAAGGGAUAGGUGAAAGCAAAUGGGUCAUGUCAUCUAUGCGUUUAUGUUCUUUAGUUAGAGACGUUGGUAGGUCUGUGCAAAUCAAUUCUAGCUUUGGUAGUGUAUUACAAAACUCCUGGUAUGUAUGAAUCUAUAAUAUGUUCCCUAAUUGUUGAGUUUAUAUGUAUAGU